UGCAACUCUGAAACUGCUAUCAGCAACGCACAGAACUCAAGAUGUUCACCGAAUUUGACGAACUACGACACCUUCUGGCAGAAGAGCGACGUCUUCGCGCAAGAUCAACGUCUACGCGCCGAGGAGCAACAUCUUCGAAGGGAGGAUAGGGAGAGGACAUCCAAAACCAGCCUUCUCGCAUUUCUUGACUGUCUCCACAACCACCUCUUCCUCGGUCUUGCAGUUCAGCAGGACAGGACACAAUCAACUUGUGGAGAUCCUGCAAACGCGACCAACAAACUGCGCCCCAGAAAGCUGAAAAUUUGGGACUCUUUCGCGAAAGAACAAGAGGACAUGUGGCGAUUGUUGAUGGAUUCUUCGCUAGUCGAAGCCAGACUGUUUACUUUCCGUUCAUACCUUAGAAGAAACAGGAGCGCGCAUCCGGCGGCAGCCGGACAUGUUUCGAAGAUCAUCGAAGAACUCUACAACGAUCCAAAUCUGCGACAGACUUUUGGGUUGAGAGGGUCGAUACGCUUUAAGAACCACUCUAAUACAUUGAGCCCUGAGUGGGAACUUGAGGAGCGAAUGCAGAGUAUCGAUAUUCGCGGUCGGCCACGGCGACGUUCGCCGCGUUUAGCUGCCCGAGAUAAAAGCGAGACAAGCACCACAGCGAUGCGUGGUCCGAAAACUCCGCCGCCGGCGCGAACCAGCAGGCCUCGUGCCGAUCAAUUCUGCGUCUACAACAUUCCCAGCCAAUCAUCCGAGUCCAUCCAUCGCGUUGCAGCGUAUAUCAAAGAGUACAAACCUCAGCAUAAGGCCACUCUGGGCCACAUCUAUGAAGUGCUGGAGGAUAUGGACCUCGAUGAAGUUGAGCAACAAGAUGAUGAGACCCCAAAAGUCCGGAGAUCCGGGACGCUUCUUUACCACCUCUCUGUUCCAAAGGGAGAUGUUGGGGACUUCACUGGCUGGAACCUCGAAUCAAGCGGCCCGAAUCGUCUACAUCUGACCGCGGUGGGGCAAUCCCUCGCUUUCAGUCUCCAGGCGCUUAAACUGCAGCCCCGCAAUCAAGCUUGGAGGCAACAAGCAAUCGACUCAUUGCCAAGAUGGGAAGUGGUGGUCGCAGAUGUUCUGGACAGUAUACCAGAUGAGGACGUACCGUCUUCCGAAUAUCGCCCUCCAAGGACUUAUGGGUUACUUCGAUUGUCUCCGAUACAACUGCGUCGCAGGCGGAACAAGCCUAGUAUUGGUGGUUGCCAGCCAGUAGACGCACAAGGAGAUCCAGACGAGGACCAAUCUGACCCCGAUACGCCGACCCGGGAUCCACAAACACGUCGCAAUAUCAGACAGGGACAGCCAAUCCCCCACACCAGCCACGCAAGGGUCGUUCUCGAGGAAGAGAGAAAAUCAUCGGUAUUACUGCACAUUAAAGUGUCUACGUGGAAUGUUAAGAGGCGUGAGCUAGAUCGGACUUGCCCCAAUGUCCUUGAUCAUGGAAAAACGCACCAUGUUAUAAAUUCAAUCACUUUCCUCAAACGGUUGCGGCGUCAGUUGUUUGAGACAAUCAAUGCUGAUUGCGAAGUACUGGGUAUGCACGGUUCUCGGGGUGCUCAUUUGAAAGUUACGCUAUCAUCGCACGGAUAUACUGUGCCUGCAAAAUGCACCGUACCAGAGUUUGCGGACCAGUCUCGGCAUGAAGCUGCCAUAUACGGCAAGCUCCGUCCGAUCCAGGGCAUAUAUAUACCUCUUUACCUUGGAAGUAUCGAGUUGGCUCAUCCGUACAGCUACGACGGCAUCGCUUACCUUGAACAUAUGAUGUUAUUAAGUACUGGGGGACAGCCCCUCGACCUGGCACUGAAGGAAAUGAGUCGAGCUUGCCUCAUUACCAAGAUGAAGGAAUCGCUCUCAGAGAUGCACCGUCUA